UGCUUCUUUCUCUCCGCUCUUUCUUCUCUCUCUCGCGUGUCAACAACGAGAGACGGGCCCCUCCACCUUCCCCUUCUGAUAUCAGCUCCCUCCAGAUCGGCGCCGCGCGAUUUUUCGCCGAAUUCGCAGCUUUGCUUAGUGUCCACCCGAUCGGCAGACCAUUAGGCCGCUCAUUAAGCUGUCAGCGUUCGGUGACGUCACACGUGCUCGCCGGCGAUUGUCACCUUUGAAAAAUGACCCGACGCGUCUUGGCUGCUGAAAUGUGAUUUUAUACCUGCGCUUAAUUUUUUUCCCUCUUCAAAUUGUCACUCGACGCACGGAGACAGACAGGCAGCGCUCGUUAGUCGUCGUUCAGUGUGUGUGGUCCGGCCCCCGCUGCUGCCGCCCCCGCGCCGCCUCCGGGCCCAUGCUACGCCUCACCAUGGAGGACGGCUUCUCGGCGGCGUCUCGGCCCGCAGCGUGCUCGGCGGUCGCCGCCACCGACUUCAGCAUCGCCGCUAUUAUGGCGGUGCCCCGCGGUGUGGCACCCCCGUCUGCCAACCCUGCAGCCCCCUCUGGCAAUCUCGCGCCGCUCGAAAAGUUCGUGUUGGACUCUCGUCGCAAGUCUCAAUCUCGGUCACCGGCCAGCGGCGAAGAUGGCAGGGACAGUCCGGCCGAGAUCAGUUCGUCCACCUCAGACACGCCGGACAAGUCGAGUAAAGCGGGUAGCGAACCGGCCAAGUCGCCGUCGCCGGUGGCCAAAGUGAACCCCCAGCUGCAGGAAAGGUGCAACUGCGAGGAGCUGCAGCACGUCAUUUGCCACCUGGAAACGAAGGAGCUGUGGGACAAAUUCCACGACCUGGGCACCGAGAUGAUCAUAACCAAGACUGGAAGACGGAUGUUUCCCACCGUGCGGGUGUCCCUGAGUGGGUACCUGAGACCUGACGCGAGGUACGCGGUCCUGAUGGACAUUGUCCCCGUGGACAGCAAAAGGUACCGCUACGCGUACCACCGGUCGUCGUGGCUGGUGGCGGGCAAGGCCGACCCGCCGGCACCCCCGCGGCUCUACAUGCACCCCGACUCACCCUUCACCGGGGACCAACUCAGGAAGCAGGUCGUCUCCUUCGAGAAGGUCAAACUCACCAACAACGAAAUGGACAAGAAUGGACAGGUAGGGGGAACUAAUUUGGUGCUGAACUCAAUGCACAAAUAUCAACCUCGCAUUCACCUCGUCCGGCUCAGGUCAAACUUUUCCGACAACGCACACAUUACCGAUCUGGAGUGCGAGCACUACAAAACCUACAUUUUCCCCGAGACCGUGUUCACCGCUGUGACUGCCUACCAAAAUCAGCUGAUCACCAAGCUGAAGAUUGACAGCAAUCCUUUUGCCAAGGGUUUCAGAGACUCCUCCAGACUCACAGAGUUUGAAAGAGAAACCAUGGAGUCGAUGUUGGCUGAGCAGCACUACCUCAGGUCACCCCUUCGACCUUUCUCCGAGCUCGACCUUUUAAACAACAACAACGGUUUUCAGGGCGCCUCUGCCCAAAACCUGAGCAUGGAGGAAAAGGCCCUUCUGGCCGCCCGCAGCCAGUUGUUCCUCCGAGCGGCGGCCGUGGCCGCCUCCACGUCCUCAUCCCCCUUUGGAAAUGCCGCCUCCACCUCGUCAGCAUCUCCCCUCCUCUAUCGCCCUCGACCUGAAAUGCCCUCCCCUCUGCCCCUUCAACAACUCUGGUCCCAAUGGGCCUGUCUGGGCCCUUCCUCACUCCUUGCGGCCCACUCGCAUUUCGCAAUGGCCGCCGCCGCGGCCGCCUCGCUUGCCUCGCCCGACGGCCUCCCCCGCCUGCCACGACCUGUCUACCCCUCACACCGAUUCAGCCCCUACUCUCUGCAACCCCCUACCGCCCCUAAGGACCUGUCGUCACCGCCAAACUCGUGCUCCAGCACUCCAGAUAGCUGCAGGGCGGACAAUAACUGUGAUGGUGCCUCUUCUUAAUUAGUUUGUUAAAAAAUAAAUCGACGCGAGGACUCUUUUUAACUUUCCAAACUCUUAGUGGAUCUCAACUUUUGAACGUAGUUCUCUUUUCAUAAAACACAUUUUAUAUUUUGCUGAAGGGGGUGAUUCCAGAUCAUGUUGUAGUCAUUUUGCGAAAUUGAUAAAAAAAAAUUAAUUAUUGCAUAUCAAGGAACUUUUUAAAUAAAAACUCUUUGAAAAAGUAUAACAUGAUUAAUAUUUUCUUUCGAAUUACAUUACGAUAGUUUUGAUAAUAUUAAAAAUUCCUUUUUCACAGGGAAUCACCCUCAAAUUUGAUUAAUUUUAUUUUUGCAAAAAUGUACAGAGCUUAUUCAGCUGCACAUAAUGUGAAUAAGAAAAGUUGUCAUCGAUGAAAAUAAAAUUUAUUAUCUCAUAAUAUUUCAUUGUAGAUUUGCGAAUGUUAAUGUGCAAUUCCAUGUUUCUCACUGUGGUCACGAUCAAU